CCAAUUUCCUCCGGAGAAAUUGUCACCUAACUCCGAUUUUUACUCCUGCCUGUGUAUCUCAUAAACCCUAUUAACUACCGCUACUAGGAGGACGUCAGAGAAGCUCUCUCCAGUCAACAUCAAUUGUAAUCCGAAGAAGCAGUCUAUGACGUUUAUGCCUUUUGUGUUAUAGGGUAUGGAAGAGGCUGAUGACUUCGCUACUCCCCCACAAUCAUCAAUACCGAUCUGGAGAUCAUCUCGCAAACUCUCACUCCCACGUAAACCUACCCGUAUUUACAAGAGAGUGGUGAAAAAGCCCUUAGUUUACAAGAAUAUAAAGUCCAGGAAAGUCAACACCUUUUCUAGACUAUUUGACUCAAUGUCUCUAGUAAAGGACAAGUUAAGACCUCAUCAGCUUAAACUUUUUCAGAAAACAGUUUUUGGUCCCUUUUUGGAUGUUAGAAAAUGGCAUGCUGUGGCCAACUUAUUCAUUUUCUGUUAGGAAAUUUGGUAGAGUUCAAGGAGUCAAAUAACUCGUUUCAUAUAUAUAUUUUGAAAUUGAGGACAAACUGGUUUCUUUUUCUAUUUUGGACUUUACUAAUAUCCUCGGAUUUAACUACCAUGACACUGUCCCAAAUACAGAACAACAUCCAGAUUAUCGGGGUACAUAGUUUUUGGCUGAAAUACUUCCCUACC